AUGGGAUCACAUGAACCGGACUACAACGCAAGCUGGAACUUGACUUCAGGCUACCCUACAGCGGACGGAAGCGAAAAUGCUGCUGCGCUCUCGGGAUCCGUUUUGGUGAUAUUGGCUAUCUUAAUGAUAACUCUAAUAGUUGUUGUCGUGGGUGGAAAUGCGCUUGUUAUUCUGGCAUUCAUAGUGGACAAAAGUCUGCGAAAUCAAAGCAAUUACUUCUUCUUGAACUUGGCAAUCUCUGAUUUUCUUGUAGGUGCUUUCUGCAUACCUAUCUACAUCCCCUACAUCCUGACGGGCCAGUGGAUGCUGGGCCGCGGCCUGUGUAAGCUGUGGCUGGUGAUCGAUUACCUGCUGUGCACUGCCUCGGUCUUCAAUAUCGUCCUCAUCAGCUACGAUCGCUUCCUGUCUGUCACCAGAGCUGUGCGCUACCGAGCGCAGCAGGGGAUGACCAACCAGGCGGUGGGCAAGAUGCUGCUGGUCUGGCUGCUGGCCUUCCUGCUCUACGGACCCGCCAUCGUCUUCUGGGAGUGGCUGGUGGGCAAGAGCAUCGUUCCCGCCGACCAGUGUUUCGCAGAGUUCUAUUGCACCUGGUACUUCCUGCUCAGCGCGUCCACCUUCGAGUUCUUCUCGCCGCUGGUGUCUGUGGCCUUCUUCAACUUUAGCAUCUACCUGAACAUCCGCCGGCGGGAGAGACUGAGGGGCAUCCAGAAGGCCAGAGUGGGUGAGCUGGCUGAAGAGCAGCGCAGCGGCUGGAGGGAUUCUGCCGGUGGGGCGUCGGCGGCGGCCGUGUUCUUCAUCAAAACACGCAAGGUGUCGUCUAGCGAGCCGGCGGCCGUAUCCGCGGUGAUCGAGGACGAGGAGGAGCUGUCUCCGUCUUCCAGUGGCGAGCCGUGCAGCAACCAGUCGGCCAACUUCUCCAUGGAUCGAGCAGCCAAGGGCCGCAGGAGCAUCAUGGGGGGAUGGACCACAUGCCGCGCCUUGUCCACCCGCCUCAGCUCAACCGUGGGGCCCUCGCGGGGCGGCGGGGGCCAGUCACGGCUGUCGCGGGACAAGAAGAUCGCCAAGUCACUGGCGGUGAUCGUGUGUGUGUUCGCUGUGUGCUGGGCGCCGUACACGCUGCUGAUGAUCAUCCGUGCGGCCUGCAGCGGCGCCUGUGUGGACCACCACUGGUACGAGGUGACCUUCUGGCUACUGUGGCUCAACUCCGCCAUUAACCCUUUCCUCUACCCGCUCUGCCACAGCAGCUUCCGACGGGCCUUCGCCAAGAUCCUCUGCCCCAAGCGCCAGUCUGUCCAGCCGCACGCCGUCAUCCACACCAGCCAGUGACAUGGAUGUGCUGGGAUUUGCAUUUGUCAGUGUGACGCACACACUCUUGCACGCACACACACCACCACCC